AUGGCUGACCGGCCUCCUGAUCAGCUGCUGCUGAUCCGAGUCCCUCACCAACCCACGCCUCCGCAUCCGGCCUCCCCAAUAAAUAAACAGUCAAAGGUGCGGGCUGCGGAUCUGGUAGCCUACGAGGUGACGAGAAGGGUGGUUGGUGAGAGUGCGACCCGUAAAUCAUCGUGGCCGGGAUAUCUGAUACCGGUGGCUCAGCUCCGCUCCCUGCGCGACCCACGCCGGCGCGAGGGGAUAGGAACGAGUGCGUGGGAACUUGAUCGCGGCGACGGCGACGCGGAAGGGGGAAAGGGACGGGCCGCGGCGAGGUGGGACUGGGGGAGUGGGAGGGUGUGGCUGUUCAGCGACGAUGACCGGUGGUGA